CCUGACAGGUUAUUCUUUCGUUUGUUUGGUUCCUUGGUUCUUGCCCGCGCGGUAAGUUGUAUCUGGAACCAAGAAAUGAACUGGACUAUUGAUUGACACGACACUACUGAGUUGAGUUGUGUUUGACUAGAGUUCAGAGUUGUUGGUCCCACGUGAUACCAUCACCAAAGCUUACCCCCCUCAUUUUCACCUCCUUUUUGAGUAGAGUGCUACCUAUCCUCCCUCCCUUCUACGCAUACCAAUACCACCAUACAUUGAGAAAGAAAAAAAAAGGGAAAAGAAAAUGGCCGCAACCACCACCAUCACCGUCCCCCAUCUGGGCGGCAUCGACGUCGGCUACCGCCUCACCAACAACAACACUUACGACCCCGCCAAACCGACCGUAGUGCUCAUCAACUCCAUGUGCAUGACUGUUUCUCUCUACGAGCCCCAAUUCAACGACGAGACUCUAACAAACGCGGCGAACCUCCUCGCUAUCGAACCCCUCGGUCAUGGCGCCACUCACUGCCAUGUCGCGGAACACUUCACUUACUGGGAUACGGCCAUUAUGGCACUGCAGGUGAUGGAUAAGCUGGGUAUUGAGAAGGCGUUCACUCUGGGAACCAGCCAGGGUGGGUGGAUUGUUAUGCGCAUGGCGCUGUUGGCGCCGGAAAGGAUCCUCGGUGUCCUCCCCCUCGGUACAUCCAUGGACUACGAGUCCUCUGAUUCCAGAAGCAAGGGCUGCUGGGAUCCCGUGACGCUGCUGACCCCAUUCCUGGAAAAAUGGAGCAGCGCGACACCCACCCCCGACUUUGUCGUGGAUGAUGUGUGGUGCGGGAUGGUCGGAGGCAUUGGCUUUGGAAAGGGCGCGACAGAAGAGACGGUCGGGUUCUGGAAGAACAUACUGAAGGACGUGUACAAGGGCGAUGAAGGACGGAAUAAGGUGCGCAUGGCACUUAUGUGUCUGUUGACGAGGGAUGGGCUGGUGUUGAGACUGGGAGAUGUGCAGUGUCCGGUUUAUUGGUUGCAGGGUACGGAAGACACCCCUUUCCAGACGACGGUGGCAAGCGAACAGAUUUCGAAGUUCACGAGGUCCAAGGAGGCGAAAUUGGUGCUGGUGCAAGAGGGAGCGCAUUAUCUGAAUGCGACGAACCCGCGGGAAGUCAAUGCGGCGGUGUUGGAGAUGGUUCAGAAAUAUGGGGCAUAAGCGCGAACGCAUCAUCGCUAAACCCCAUACUAAGUAGUAGGACUGUAGAUUAGAGUUAUAUGUAGAUACGAAGGACAUUCAUGUAUGGACGGAUGUAUGUCGCGUGCCUAGACUAAGGAGUUCUAUCGAGUAAACUAAUUAACUAGUCAACCGGGAAGGAAUCCGAGGGACACGAGAUUUAAGGCUCGAGAGUCGCCCCCGGUU